AUCAAACAAAACACAUAUUUCCGCCUCCCUAAUCAACACUCUCAAAAUCCCCCCUUUUUGUCUCUCUUUCCUCUGUCGCCGGAAUCUUUAGAGAGACAGAGAGUAACCGCCGCCGCCGCCGGAAAAUGGCCCCUCCACCCAAUAAAGAUGACAACAUCAUCCAACAAGACUCGUCAAUCGAUCAAAAUCGUCCCAUUUCCACUAUUGUCAUCAUCAUCGCUAUGCAGACGGAAGCACUGCCUCUUGUCAAUUCCUUUCAGCUAGCUGAAGAUGCUAAUUCUUUAUUUCCAAAGGGAACUCCAUGGGUCCGGUAUCAUGGUGUUUACAAAGGUCUAAAUGUAAAUAUCAUUUGGCCAGGGAAGGAUGCUGUUUUAGGGGUUGACAGUGUCGGCACUGUUUCCGCGUCUCUUGUGACUUAUGCUGCUAUUCAGGCCUUGCAACCCGAUCUCAUUAUAAAUGCUGGAACUGCUGGUGGUUUCAAAGCAAAAGGAGCAUGUAUUGGUGAUGUGUAUCUUGCGUCUGAAGUUGCUUUUCAUGACAGAAGGAUACCAAUCCCAGUUUUUGAUCUAUAUGGGGUUGGAUUGAGAAAAGGAUGCUCUACUCCGAAUCUGGUGAAGGAGCUUGAAUUUAAGGUUGGAAAACUGUCUACCGGAGACUCUUUGGACAUGACCCCACAUGAUGAAGCUUCAAUACUUGCAAAUGAUGCUGUCAUUAAAGAUAUGGAGGGAGCUGCGGUGGGUUACGUUACAGAUCUUUUAAAUGUACCGGCAAUAUUUGUAAAAGCGGUUACUGAUAUUGUUGAUGGAGACAAACCAACUUCUGAAGAAUUUUUGCAGAAUUUAUCUGCAGUAACUGUUGCCCUCGGUAAAGCAGUCACACAGGUAGUGGACUACAUCAGUGGAAAAUCUGUCUCCGAACUCUAAACAUUAUUUUGAAAACAUUUUGGGUGAACACAUUGAUAUGAAGUUAUUUCAAUAAAGGAUUAGCCCGAGUAGUUUGAAUAUAUGUAUCCACGAUCAUUAGCAUGUGUGGCAAAACGAAAAAGGGUUAUAUUUAUAGCUAAAAACCCAUCUUAGCACAUGAAUUGUAUUUGAUAUAAUUGUAUGUGAAGUGCCAUUCGUGUAUAAACAAAAAAAAUUAUGUGCU